CUCUGUUUACAGAUAUCCUUGGAAGAGAUUCUAGAAUCCAUCUUAAUGUAUCCAAAUCGAACCAGAGAUGAAAUCUUUUAUAUCCACACUCAGUUAUGCAAAAGUUUUUAUUAUAAUACGAGUGGAAUAGCUCAAAUACCUUAGUUUGGGUUCGGAAUGUAAAUCUGUGAUUGCGGCUUGAUUUUGUAGCUGAAGAUUGCUCCUUACCGCCCAAGGUGACCAUACGAGAGUGGCUGAAGACAUAGGAAUCCACCAACGCUUUAGAGUCCGGGGAUCUGAAUGGCCAUCUUCGUUUCUUACCCUUGUUGCGGUGGAUCCAGUGAUUAUUAUAAUCUGUAAAUCUUGCCUUUUCAGGAGCUUGUGUGGAUGGUCGUUGAUUUGGAUAGAAGGAGCAUCGCGUAGAACAGCCAUAGUUUCUGGAAUUAGGUUUCCGGGAAGUGUGAUCGCCUCCUUUUCCAACGAUGGAGGCAUUCCUAAACAGGCUCGGUCUCAAAGGCAAGUUCUCCCUAUCCAUUCUCUCCACUACAAAAUUUUUGAUCAACUUUGAAGCUGAGGAAGACUACAUUUGCGUCCUAUGUCGUAAGACAUGGGAUAUACAUGGCCGGCUGAUGAGAGUCACCAAAUGGAGCCCUGGCCUCUCCCCGGAGAUUGAUAAUCCUGUUGUUCCGGUGUGGAUUUCCAUACCAGACCUACCUAUACAUCUUCAUGAUAUGAGGGCUCUCAAACUCAUCCUCUCUCAUCUUGGCAACCCCAUUAUGGUGGAUCUCAGCACCAAAAAUUUCUCUCGUCCCUCUCUUGCCAGGGUCUGUGUGGAGAUGGAUGUCUCUAACCUUCCGGUUCCUAAGGUCCUCAUCAUUCAUGGUCAAGAGGAAUUGAUCUUCCCAAUCCUUUUUGAAAACCCACCGGAAUAUUGCAAAAGGUGCCGGAAAUUGGGGCACAACGCCGGCAAGUGUGGUGGGGUCAAGGUAGUACAGGCUCCUUUGAGGUCUGAUACGAGACAUGGGGAAGGGGACAACUCUGUCCAGCCAGUGAACAAAGGCCAGAGAGAAGGGAAAGAGCACGUGAAGGGGGGUUCUUGGCAAACAGUUCAUUCCAAAAAAGAUAAAUCCAAGACAGGUGAAUCAUCUCUAUCAGCUGGGGCUCACUCCCAUGUGGUUAUGGAUGAUAACAACCUUAAUGGCCUUAAUGACGAUUCCAAGGUUGUUUUCAAGGGUUCCACUUACGCCAUUAACGAUCCAAACUUUCUUUGUUCCAAUACCAUGCGUCACCUUUUCCAGUACACCACACUCUCACCUAUCCUGGAGGAAGUCCCACUUAAUGAAGAGAGGUCCCUGGUGCCUUACAGGGGCUUUCGUGAUGAUCAUGGGCUCUCCCUGGACGAGCAUGACUUUGGUGGUGAUACAUGUAGGUUCUCUGAUGGUGAUAUUACUGAUAAUGACCUUGAAGAGAUUGAUAUGCAGUCCCCUCUUCCUAAGGGAAUGGAUGCUAUCCUGGAUACUCCCUUCCCCAAGUCCUCUUCUAAAGGUCGUACCCAUGCCAUGGUAACCAGAAAAAUGUCCUCCAACAAAUUUUCUCCCCUUAUGUCUCCAUGAAUGGUCUCUUUUGGAAUAUUCGUGGUAUUUUUUCUUCUCUUCCUAGGCUUCUUUCUCUCAAAAAGGAUCAUAAACUACUGUUUCUUUCUCUCUUGGAGCCUCUUCACAACCCUUCCCUCAUCUUUGAAUGUGCUACUUCUCUUGGCUAUUCCAAAUGUUUCAGUUCUCUCAACAACAAACUUUGGUUCUUUUG